AGUCUCACUCGUCAUCCUGCACAAUCUCACUUUGACCGUUAUCUGCAAGAGCUUAUCACAGCCAGUCUGACUGAAGACUUCACAUCCUCAAACCGAGCAACACACACGCGGUCGAAUAAACCACAGACACCAUGUCACAAUCACAAUCUUCGGCCCCGCCGCCAGAGUACACGCGACAGGACCCAACACCCUUGACACCCUCAACCCUGCUAGGAAGCUCAUCACACUCUACAAAAGAAGCAAUUGCUUCCGAUGCGCAUCUGCAAUCGAGCCUACCGUCUGAACACUAUUCCUCCAAGCCCACCGCAUCUACCACCACCACAUCAAUCCCAGAUUACGACCGACCGCCUUCGCACACCCCCAGCUCCCAAACAACCGCCUCUACUAUCCUACCCACCUAUGCUCAAACGGGCAGCUACAAAGGCUUUCCCUCAGAAGCAGCAUAUUUGGCUGCUCUCACUGAAUGGGCCGAGACCAAGAAAUACAUCCAGCCAUCGGAAGAAGGGCAAACACUGAGCGGUUUCUUCGGAUACAAGACUAUGGAGGAGUAUUCCGGCCAAGGGACAAAACAAGAUACGGUAAAGAAAGAUGAGCGACGGGCAAGUCAUGGCGACAAGGAAAAGGAAAAGCAAGGAUUUAUGGGAUUUCUCAAGAAGAUGGCGAAAAAAGAUGAGGGAGGUGGACAUGAGAGAGAAUGAGCAACAUUGUCAAAAUGCAAGAUUAUGUUCAUAACUGAAGGAGAUCACAGGUAUAUGAUUCAGGCUCUUCCUGAAGAUGGCAAACGCUGUACUAAACUUUUUUGUGCAAUCUAAUAGAAACCCGUACAGCCAGGACCUCCGGGUUGAUAUCCACGUGUUUAACCUACUCACCUCCCAGCUA